AUGAUAGAUUAUGUAUUGAAAAACCCUUUUAUUGUUUCUCUCGCAAUUAGCCUUUUUAGUGUUAUAUUAGAAUUUUAUACUACUAUUGGAAAAUUUUUAAGUGCUUAUUUUUUCAGUUUUUUUUGUGGAAUAAUUAUGAAUAUAAUAUGUGAACUUCAAACAGAUAAUAAAAUAUACGAUACAGGUUUUUUUUUAAAACAAACCUUAUCUUAUUCAUUGUGUAUAUCUAUAAUGUUAACUUUUUCAUUUAUAAAGAAAAAAGUAAAAAAUAUUCCUUUCUUAUAUAAAUCAUCAUCUAUGUAUACAACAGAAUUUUAUAAAAAUAUAUAUAAUUAUAAAGAAAUUAAAAACAUUUCAAUAUAUAAUUUCAUAAACCAAAGCAGAUUAUUACAUCUUGGUAUUGCAUUCUUUUUUGGUGCUAUUUCAACCAUUAUUGGGGUUGUCAUAUCAUAUAUUUUAAUUAAACAUAUAUUUAUAAAAAAUAAAAUUGAUAUUAAUAGUUAUUAUUUAAAAAAUAUUGCUUCUUGUUUUGUGUCUACCUAUAUAGGUGGCUUUAUUAAUUUCAUAGAAGUUUCUGAUAUGUUAAAUUUAAAUACUACAUUGAGAAAUAGUAUAUUCAUAUUAGAUGAUAUGUUUACAAAUAUAUUUCUUAUGAUGUUACCUAUAUGUAAAAAUUAUACAAAAUAUUUUUAUUCUUAUAAUGAUAAUUCGAUUUUUUCAAUAAAUAAAAAAGAGGAACAACAAGCCGAUCAGGAGGAAAAUAUAAAAAAUAAAAUAUAUAAUUCAUUCAUUCUAAAUUAUGAUGCUGAUGAAGAAAAAAAAUUAAUAAACAAAAAAUCAUUAUUUACAUCAUAUGGCUCUUUCACAAAUCAUAUCAAUAUUAUAAAUAAUAAGGAAAGAAAUUAUAUGGAGUCUCCUUAUUUUUUUAUAUAUAAUAUGAUACAUGUAAUUAUUUGUGAUUUUUUCGCUAUCAUGUUCAUAUUUUUCUUAACAAGAAAAAUAUUGAAUGAUUUCGAAUUUUUAUAUAAACAUAUUUCUUUUUAUAUUAAUAUAGAUAAGAUUAAAACUCCUUUCUUACUUAUAAUAACAUUUAUAUAUAUAUUUUCAAUAGAUUAUGUAUUAUUCAUUAUGAAUAAAGUAAUAAAUAAUAAUCAUGUUAUCGAUUUUGUUAUGGAUAUAUAUUAUAGAUCAUUAGAAUAUUAUUCAACCAUUUUAAAACUUACAACCAUAUAUUAUUUAUCCCUUUCAGCAAUAUCAAUAAAUAUAAAGAAUGUGUUUAAUAUAGCAAAACCUUUGGUCUUAUUUAUAAUAUGUAUAUUAAUAAUUCAUGUCUUAUGUACUUUUAUUUUUUCCUAUAUAUAUAAUUGUGUUUCGAAAUCUGAACAUGCACUUAUAUAUAUUGAUGACAUUUUAUUAGCCAUUAACGCAAAUAUAGGAGGACCAACAACAGCUGCAUUAAUGUCUGAAAUGAUAGGGAGAUCUGAUUUGAUAUUUGCAUCACUUUUUUGGGGGGUUGUAGGUUAUUUGAUAGCAACCCCUAUAGCAAUGCAAAUUAAUUCGAUAUUAUGA